AGACAACUGUGGUUAAAAGAGGUGGUUAAGCCAGGCCAGCAUCACAUCAGAGACAGCCAACGGUCAAUUCUGGGCCGUCCGUUCCCUCCCAAUCUUAACCAAACCCUAGACCUCAGGUUAAGUUUUGCAUCUGCCACUUCCCAUUUCCAGUUAUAAAUACCUCGCCCAGAGCACCCCCUCAGAUCUCAUCUCAAUCUGAAAAAGAGGGCGUCUUAAUAAACGCCUUCGACUUUUCUUCUUCGUGAGAGCCUCUUCUUCUUCUUGUUCUCCUUAUUCUCAAAUUUCUUCGGUUUUUUCGUCGCGUUUAAUCGAUCAAAAUGAGAGAGUGCAUUUCGAUCCACAUCGGUCAGGCUGGUAUCCAGGUCGGCAAUGCCUGCUGGGAGCUUUACUGCCUUGAGCAUGGCAUCCAGCCUGAUGGCCAAAUGCCUAGUGACAAGACCGUUGGUGGAGGAGAUGAUGCCUUCAACACCUUCUUCAGCGAAACUGGAGCUGGCAAGCAUGUGCCUCGUGCAGUCUUUGUUGAUCUUGAGCCCACUGUCAUCGAUGAAGUGAGGACUGGAACUUACCGCCAGCUCUUCCACCCUGAGCAGCUCAUCAGUGGCAAGGAAGAUGCUGCCAACAACUUUGCCCGUGGCCACUACACCAUUGGCAAAGAGAUUGUUGAUCUCUGCUUGGACCGCAUCCGUAAGCUUGCUGACAACUGCACUGGGCUUCAAGGUUUCCUUGUGUUCAAUGCUGUUGGUGGAGGCACUGGCUCUGGUCUCGGGUCUCUUCUUUUGGAGCGUUUGUCUGUUGACUAUGGAAAGAAGUCAAAGCUUGGGUUCACUGUGUAUCCAUCUCCACAGGUCUCUACAUCUGUGGUUGAGCCCUACAACAGUGUCCUCUCCACCCACUCUCUCCUGGAGCACACAGAUGUUGCUGUGCUACUCGACAAUGAGGCCAUCUAUGAUAUCUGCAGGCGUUCUCUUGACAUUGAGCGACCCACCUAUACCAACCUCAACCGUCUUGUGUCUCAGGUCAUUUCCUCUUUGACUGCCUCUCUGAGGUUUGAUGGUGCUCUGAAUGUGGAUGUGACUGAAUUCCAGACCAACUUGGUGCCAUACCCCAGAAUCCACUUUAUGCUAUCCUCUUAUGCACCAGUCAUCUCUGCUGAGAAGGCUUACCAUGAACAGCUCUCAGUGGCUGAAAUCACCAACAGUGCAUUUGAGCCCUCGUCCAUGAUGGCCAAGUGUGACCCUCGCCACGGCAAAUACAUGGCUUGCUGCCUUAUGUACCGUGGUGAUGUUGUGCCCAAGGAUGUGAAUGCUGCUGUUGCCACCAUCAAGACCAAGCGCACCAUUCAGUUUGUGGACUGGUGCCCUACUGGAUUCAAGUGCGGUAUCAACUACCAGCCACCCACUGUUGUCCCAGGAGGUGACCUUGCCAAGGUUCAGAGGGCUGUGUGCAUGAUCUCCAACUCUACCAGCGUUGCUGAGGUGUUCUCCAGAAUUGACCACAAGUUUGAUCUGAUGUAUGCCAAGCGUGCCUUUGUGCACUGGUAUGUGGGUGAGGGUAUGGAGGAAGGAGAGUUCUCUGAAGCCCGUGAGGAUCUCGCUGCCCUUGAGAAGGAUUAUGAAGAAGUCGGUGCCGAGUCUGCCGAGGGUGAGGAUGAUGAAGGGGAGGAUUACUAAGAAGUCAGAUUGAAGUUUGAACUUAUCCUUUGUUGUAAUGCUUUGUAUGUCUUUUUCUGUCAUGUGGUGAUGCCUAUAAGACUUGUGUGCUAAUGGUUUUCAUUCUAUAUGCAAUGUGAUGAUAUAUGGUUAGACUCG